CAGUUGUAAUACAUGUGAGUCAUUUUGUAAGUCAGACGUUGGAGUUUGUCAGCAUCGAGUCCUAAAUUGUCCGAAAUGACGCUGAAGGAAAUCGGUGAAACAGACCCCUGUCUCACAGAUUGAGGAACCAUGAAGAAGUCAUAUUUCUCGGGGUUGGUGAUUACGUCGUCCACGACUGUUCCCGGCGGUGGGUUUCUUUUCUGCGCGAAAAGACGAGUCUUAAUCCGUUUGUUUGUCUCAGUUUUUAGUGCAAUUAGCAAUUUAGUGGUGUGCAAAACUUGUCAAAAAGAAAUUACUCUUAAUCAAGCAAGUCCAAGAGGCCUAGGGUUUGAAAUAGCUGUUACUUGUGAAUGUGGUAAUUCGUACAUCAAUUCUGGACCAAUGAUCGAUAACGCAUUUGAAGUAAAUAGACAUCUUGUGGCUGUGAUGCGUCUUUUGGGCGUCGGAAUAAACAGGAUAAAUCUUUUUUGUGGAUUAAUGGAUCUAGCAUGCAAAAUUUACAAUCAAACUUUUGCUGGAUGUUUCACAAAUUUAUGGACUGCAGCCGAAACCGUUUGUAAACUUAGUAUGCAACAAGCUGUAAAUGAAGGAAAAGAGCUUACAUCAAAGAAAGAAAACUCAGAGACAAAUUUGACCGUUAGCGGCGACGGUGCCUGGAAAAAACGUGGUCAUACUUCCCGUUUUGGAGUAGUUACGCUGGCAGGAAAAUACAUCAAGAUAAUUCUUGAUUCAUGUGUGAAGUCUACAUACUGUCAGAGUUGUGUUUUUUGGGAGAAAAAAAAAGAGAGCGAUCCUGAAGCUUACGAAGAAUGGUUAUCAAUACACGAAGAAGAAUGUAAUAUUAAUCGUGAGGGAUCUGCCUCAAAAAUGGAAGUAGAUGGUGUAAAAGACGUGUUUGGUCGUUCGUUUAGUGAAUAUGGCGUAAAAUAUUUUCGCUACAUUGGUGACGGUGAUAGUGCCACUCAGAAAGGAUUAAUAGAUUUGAAUCCUUAUGAUAUUCCUGUUGAAAAAUUAGAAUGCUACUUGCAUGUGAAAAAAAGAAUAGGAACACGAUGCCGAAAUUUAAAGAAAACCAAUAACAAGUUAGGAGGAAGAAGUAAAACAUCGCAAAAGUUAACUGUAAAUUUAAUAAAUCAAAUACAAAAAUAUUACGGUUUGGCAAUUACGAGAAAUCAGGAUAAUGUAGACGAAAUGUAUAAAGCAAUCUAGGCUACGUUUCAUAAUUUGUGUUCAACUGGUAAAAAACCAAACCAUGACAAUUGUCCAGAAGGCGCAGAGAGUUUGUGCGCUUAUCGCCGCGCGGAAGCUGAAGGAAUGAUGAGUAAGUUUAAGCACGAUUACCUCCCACUGGAUCCAGAAGUUAAAGAAGCUCUAAAACCUAUUUAUGAAGACUUAUCUCGACAUGAAUUGCUUGAUAGAUGUAAGGGUAGUAAUACUCGAAACAAUAAUGAAAGCUACAACGGUUUACUUUGGCACUUUUCACCAAAGCACCUUCACAACGGCCUUAAAACUAUCGAAUGAUCAAAUAAUUUUGCAACUUCGAUAUUUAAUGACGGUUAUUCAUCAAUUUUGAAGAUAUUUAAUG